UUGAUUCUCCCAACGUACAAACACAGUCUCUCUCUCUCCCUCUCCCUCUCUUUGUUGGUUUUAUAUGCAGCCCAGACAUUUGAUUGAUUCUUCAGUUCUCAGUUCCUACUUCCCUCUCACCCAGCUUUACUUUUGAUACGAAUAUUGCCCAAAUUUUGGAAAGCUGAAAUCUUGUGUAAGUAAGCAUACUUCUCUGCAACCCACCUCGGUUCUCGCCGUCGUCGCCCACAGCAGCGUCGCUUGUCGCCGUCGUCCCUUCUCCUGAAGCUAUUGCUAGGGCAAAUGCGUAUAAUUAUCUGUUUACAUGAUUUAUAAGAAAUGGAAAGGCCAGAAGAGAAAGGGAGUAGCAUAUAAGUACUGCUAGUUAAUAGUCAUAUGCUCCGCCACAACCCACAAUGUCUCGGUCACUUGUGAUUGCAAGCACUUCACCCUUUCCACACAGUGUUGUAACUCAUUCCAGACAAUAUUGGAUUUGGAGUACUUCUUGCUUUUCGUUUUCAGGAAAAGGCCUGCCUUCAUUCACAAUGAGCAACAAAUUGAAUGCUCCUUACCACGUCUGUCAAACAAUCUCUUCUUAUGCAGCUAGUUUGGGCACUUUUGAUGGAAGAGACAGAUCAACUAAUUUGACUUUAUCAUGUUUUCAAGUAGCUGAAGAAAAGAUUAGGAAAUUGUUUGACAUUGUUGAACUUUCUGUUUCUCCAUACGACACUGCAUGGGUAGCUAUGGUCCCUUCUCCACAUUCCCCUGGAAUGCCUUGUUUCCCUGAGUGCGUGGAUUGGGUGCUAAAUAAUCAGAAUCAAGAUGGAUCGUGGGGUCUUCAUCACACUCAUCCCAUGUUUCUUAAAGAAGCUCUCUUAUCAACUCUGGCAUGUGUUCUUGCACUGAAAAGAUGGGAUGUUGGUGAAGAACAAAUCAAUAAAGGUUUACUUUUCAUUGAGUUAAAUUUUCCAUCUGCUGCUGAUAAUGGCCAACUUUGCCCCACUGGAUUUGAUAUCAUAAUCCCCGGAAUGCUCAACUAUCUUAAUGAUUCAUCUUUGAAGCUCAACUUAGAACCAAGAACUCUAAAUUCACUACAUCAUAAGAGGGAUGUGGAGCUCAGCAGGUGCAUGGGAAGCACCCCAAAGGAGCUUGAGGCUUACCUUGCUUAUGUAUCAGAAGGAUUAGGACCUCUGCAAGACUGGGAAAUGGCUAUGAAGUAUCAAAGGAAGAAUGGCUCCUUGUUCAAUUCACCUUCUACUACAGCUGCUGCUUUUAUUCAUCAUCAUGAUCCUGGUUGUCUUAGUUACCUACAUUCUGUAUUGAAGAUGUUUGGGAACAAAGUUCCAACAGUCUACCCUCUUGAUGUGUAUGCACGACUUUGUGUCGUUGAUAAUGUUGAGAAAUUGGGGAUUAGUCGCCAUUUCAAUAAGGGAAUAAGAAAUGUGUUGGAUGAAACAUACAGACGGUGGUUGCAGGGGGAUGAAGAGAUCUUUAUGGAUGCCUCAACUUGUGCUAUGGCAUUCAGAAUAUUGCGAACAAAUGGCUACAGCAUCCCUUCAGGUCCUCUAUCUCAAUUUCUGGACGAGAGUAUCAACAGUAUUGCUUGUGGACGUCCAAAGGAUGCAUAUGCUAUACUGGAUCUCUAUCAAGCACUAGAAGUAAUAUGUAAUUCAGAUGAAUAUGUUUCUGAGAAGCAUAACAGGUGGUAUGAGAAUUUGAGACAGGAACUUUCCAGUGAUUCACUUUUUUCAGAUAUCCAUACUAGACAGAUCCAUAAACAGGUGGAGGAUGCCGUUAAUUUUCCAUUCUAUGCAAAUUUAGAACGAAUUGCCAACCGGAGGUAUAUAGAGCAUUACAAUGUGGAGAAUACAAGAUUUUCCAAAACUUCAUAUUGUUCAUCAAACUUUAGCAAUCAAGAUUUCCUAACUCUUGCCGUAGAGGAUUUCAACCUUUGUCAAUCUAUACAUCGUGAAGAGCUAAAACAGCUUGAAAGGCAUUCCUACUCCUUUCUUUUUCUCUGCCAAUCUAUACAUCGUGAAGAGCUAAAACAGCUUGAAAGGUGGGUAGUAAAAAACAGAUUGGAUACGCUGAAGUUUGCAAGACAAAAGUCUGCGUACUGUUACUUUUCAGCUGCAGCAACGCUUUUUCCUCCAGAACUAUCUGAUGCCCGUAUUUCAUGGGCCCAAAACGGUGUAUUGACUACUGUGGUAGAUGACUUCUUUGAUGUUGGGGGUUCUAUAGAGGAAUUAAAGAACCUUAUUCACUUGGUUGAAAAGUGGAACGUAAAUGUGAGCACUGACUGCUGUUCAGAAGAAGUUCAGAUCAUAUUUUCUGCACUUCACGGCACAAUUUCUGAGAUUGGAGAGAAAGCAUUUAGAUGGCAAGAACGGGAUGUGAUGAGCCACAUAAUUGAGAUAUGGCUGAAUUUGCUGAACUCCAUGUUAAGAGAAGCUGAAUGGACAAAAGACAUGACAGUGCCAACAUUGGAUGACUACAUGGAAAAUGGUUAUGUCUCGUUUGCCUUGGGACCUAUCGUCCUACCAGCCCUUUAUUUAGUCGGGCCAAAGCUCUCAGAGGAGAUCAUCCUGCACCCUGAAUACCACCAUCUAUUCAAGUUAAUGAGCACUUGCGGCCGUCUUCUAAACGACUUCCGUGGUUUCGAGAGGGAGUCGAAGGAAGGUAAACUGAACGCUCUUUCAUUGCGGGUUGCUUGUGGGAAUGGAAGUGUGACUGAAGAAGCAGCCAUUGGAGAAAUGACCCAUUUGAUUGAUGCCAAAAGGAGAGAGCUGCUGAGACUGGUGCUCCAGGAUAGUGUGGUUCCAAGAGAUUGCAAAGAUCUGUUCUGGAAAAUGAGCAAAGUGGUGCACCAAUUCUAUGUCAAAGAUGAUGGCUUCACUUCACAAGGGUUGAUUGGAACUGUGAAGGCAAUUCUCCAUGAUCCCAUUGACCUCCAUCUGAUAUAAAUGGACUUGUGGGUAGAGGAUACAAGUGUGCUUAAUUAGCUUAUUCUGUUAAAUAACUGCCACCUCCCUAUUAUUUGCUGCGUGUGUUUGGUUUGAAAAUCGAAAUUAAAUAGUUGGUAAUUGAAAUGGUUGGCGGAAGUAUUGUGCAUGCUUGGUACUAGUUGAAAUUGAAAUGAUUAUCAAUAUUGA